AUGCAGGGUCUUGCGGAUGGUCCCGUCAAGACUCACCUGUUCCGGCUUGAACUAGAUUCACUAGAACAAGCCAUUUCCAUUGCGGAGCAGGAAGACUUCAGUCUGAGACAGGCUCGCGCCAGCUCGACAUCAUAUCGUCAACCGAGACGAUAUGACAACGGAGGUCCAGAGCCGAUGGAACUCUGUUAUGUAGAGAGCGAGAAGGCUCGCUCUACAGGCUACAAGAGGUUGCAGCGAUGCAACAGAUGUCAAAAGACAGGACACUACGCUUACGAGUGUAGUGCCCCUCGUCCAGUGUCUCGCGACACUGGGCGUAGUGACCGUCCACCCAUGAGAAAGGGGCAGGGACGAGGGUCCGCAGUUGGUGCAAAGACGCAACAACGGGAUGGACCGUCAAAAAACGGACAGGAUCAGUAG